AGGCUGUUUCGCCUUGAAAUUCACCAGGCAGUCUUAACAGUAGAGAUGGAUUCUGAAGACUGUCCUGUAACGGAGAGCAGUUCUUUGCAUCAGGAGAAAGGGAAAAAGAAUAAUGCUGCCAGUCUCCAUUUUGAAACACAGCACGAAGGGUCUCUUCAAGUUCCUAUCCCAUGUGCUGUCCUCAUUGUGGUCUUCAUUACCAUGUUAAUCAUUGCUCUCAUCGCCUUAUCAGUGGGCAAAUACAACUGUCCAGGCCAGAAUGAGUUCUCCCUGCCAUCAGCCAGCCAUGUGUCUCCGUGCCCAGAUGCAUGGGUUCUGUACCACAGGAAGUGCUACUUCUUUUCCACCACAACAAAGAGCUGGACCUCAGCUAAAAACUCUUGCUCUGAAAAUGGUGCUACUCUUGCUGUCAUUGAUUCUGAAAAGGACAUGAUCUUUCUAAAACGACAUGUGGGUGGAGCUGAACACUGGAUUGGGCUGAAAAAUGGAACAGGUCAGACUUGGAAAUGGACAAAUGGUGAAGAAUUUAAUCACUGGUUCAACCUCACAGGGACUGAGAGUUGCGCAUUUCUGAACAGCAGGGAGGUGAGCAGUGCAGAAUGUGGGCAGAGUUUGCACUGGGUCUGCAGCAGACCCUCCCGAUGACGGGGAAGCAUUUCCUUAGUCCACCAAGCUUCAGGGAAGCCCUUUCCACGGAUGCUGCCCUGCAGUCAGACCUCUCUGUCAAGACUUGAUGAGCAAGUUUUGUAUUCCUUUGGAAACUUGUCUUCCAGACCGAACUGUGGGACCGAAAGGAGAGAAAUUCCAGGAAGAUCUGCUUUGUGAUUUCUUUCUGCCAUGAGCUGAAAAUAUCACAAAUUAAUGGAUAACCAUGUCCAAGAACGACUAUGAAGUCUUUUGGGUGCACUUUAUAUUUUUUAAAUACAUAAUAAAAUAACUAGGUUUAAAGUUAUUAUUUAUUAUUGAAUGACUACCACAAAACGAGUGUAUAUCAAGCAUUUGCACUAUGUGAAGGAGUUAAAUAGUGGUAGUAAAAAGUGAAUGUAGAUAAAUGGAAAUUGACUGGUAACACAGACACUCAUUUUAAAGGAAAUCCUUAUAUUUC